UCAUAGAUAUGUAAACAUAUAUUAAGGUAUUUAUGAUUCUAUUAAAAUGUAGUUCGCACAUUAGGGAUAGCACCGUGGUUUUUCCCAAGUAAACUUCCUAUUUUUUGACUAACGCGAAAUUACGACAUAUUUCGCAACACAACCGCUGAAGGAUUUUUAUCGUUGCCUUUACCUUUUAAUGCAUUCUCGAUGAGCUCAAACACUGUAGAUAGAAAUAACAGAGUGGAGUCCCAGAUACCUCGUAUUUUUAACAAAUACAUCAAGGAAUGCAAUGCUGGGCAGUGGCUGAAGUUCAUUAGGAUUCUUGGUCUUUCAGAACAUGAUAUACAAAACCAUAGAAUGGGCAAUGAUAUGUAUGAGUGGAAAUAUCGAAUGCUGGACAGAUGGAAAAUGGUCGUCGGUAACAGAACAGAUGUUCAAUAUGAAGCUUAUUUAAAAGAAGCCUUAGAUGAAAUUGAUUUAAGAACACCAUCCAACCUUCAAUAUGAUUAUUCAACUCUGAACCAAAACAAAAGGUUUGCACAAGUAGCCUACAACUUUAUAGACAGACACUCGUCAAACUUUUUAUCAAUUAUGAACGAACAGCUGCAUGAAUAUGACAUCAGACACCUAAAAGAUGAACAUCAUGAUAAUAACUUGGAAAUGAUGUAUCAGAUGAUACUCAAGUUGCAAAAGAGUCAACGAAUGAGUAAUGAAGAAAUGGAAAACUUCUUUAGUCAAAAUCAUAAUCGAUCAGUUUGAACUGUUUGGAGCCAGUAAGUGACUUUCUCCUAAUGCCUUUGUUUCUGUGUAUAUAACAAUCCUCUUUGUUUAAUCUCAAUAGUAUUUUCAGCAAGAAUAAAGGUAACUUGGUUUAUUCUUACAUGGCAGAGCAACUACAGUUGUUAUAACAAAGUUGUUCUGUUUCAAACACCUCUUGCCUGCUUACGAGUUACCAACUAUAUCUUUGUGGGUGAUUAUUUUUUCUGUAUUGCUGACAAUUUGGACAACCCAAUAAUGACUACCAGGUUGUACGUUUACUUAUGUAGUCUUGAAUACUCUUUAAACUAUAGAUUAUGGACCACACUCUUAUUGUACAGUUAAUGCUAUUACAGUGCCUAUUGCUACUAUGUCAGUUUUAUAAACAUGUAUUUUAGUUCUGUGCUGUUAAUAAUGAUGUUUUUGAAUAGUUGCAAAUCUCAAUACUACACGAGAUUUCAUUCGAAAAUGUAAGCUAUGGUAUAACUGUAAUUAAAGUAACAGAAAAAAAUGAAUAUUUUGUAAAGUUUUUGCAUCUGCUGUAUGUGUGUUAUUGGUGCUUGUUAAAACUACAAAACUGUGAAAUUACCACCGAAAAUUCAAUUGAACUAUGCAUAACUUUUUAGGCCAAAUUUGAAACUAUCAGGUUGUUGAGCAUAUUUUUCUAGAAACAUAUCAUUUUGCUUUUAUUAACACUCUGUAAAACAUUCUUUAUUUGACUUGACUUGUAACUUUUUUAAUGCUGGCUUUUCUUGUACAUAUCAUAUCCAUACCUGCAAUAUAUAUUGGAAUUUACAUAGC